AUGGAGAAUAGAGUAUCUGUAGCUAGUGAUCAGUCAGCACUUCCUGCUAAAGAGACCUGUACGUGGUGCAAACAAUUUAUGGUGGAAUAUCCAUCUGGCCUGCAAACACUGCAUGUUAAGAUACUCUUAGGUCUGCAAGGUUUGAAUCAAAGAGCCAAUCAUCAUGUUGAUCAAGUCUAUAAUACCUUUAACAAGAACAAGGAUGGACUUAUUGACUUUUCAGAGUUUAUUGAUGCUGUAAAUCUGGUUGUACAAGGAAAAAUGGAGCAAAAAUUAAAUUGGUAUUUUAAGUUGUAUGAUGCUGAUGGAAACGGUUCGAUUGACAAAAAGGAACUGCUGAACAUCUUCGUGGCGAUGCAAACCCUCAAUGGUCAGCAAAUUCUGAGUCCUGAAGAAUUCACCAACCUAGUGCUUCAUAGAAUUGAUACAAGCAAUGAUGGAGAAUUACUUUUAGAGGAAUUCAUCAGUAUCAUGGAAAAAGAUCAGGAUAUUCUGGAGACCUUGCCCAAGAGCUUUCACUUUUCUAAUAUACUGAAAAUAAUCUGCGGUGGGAAGCAGCCGGACACAGGGAGAGGCUUCCUCCAAACCAAUGGCGAGGCAAGUUCAGCUUCCUUCAUCUGACUAAUCCUAUUGGGACUACAGAAGACAUCCUACCACUGUCAUCAGACAGUCACCAUGGCCCUAGGGAUCAACUUUCACAAUGGCAGGCUGGGAAUGAAGGAACAUAUCAGAUGAUAGAGCGCUUCUGAUACUAUUUU